UUAUCGAAACAUAGUUAACAUUAUUUUAUUAAUACUAUAAAAUAAAAUCUACUAAUAAAUAGAUUCCUCACAUAAAAACCGCCCAAACCUUAAGCACGAAACCAUUGAAAAUAUUUGGCAGUUCAUGGGCUGCACCCGAUUGGAUGAAAACCGGUCCCAAAGAAGCCAAACCCAACCAAUUGAAAGGGGAGACGGGCGGCCAGUACUAUGACAUUUGGGCUAAUUAUUACGUUAAGUUUUUAGACAUAUAUAAGGCCCAGAAUAUCACGAUCUGGGGGCUGACCACUCAAAACGAGCCGACGUAUGGUCGCGAUUUCAUACCGAACGACCUGUUCUUUGAUCCCGAAAUGCAAAGAGUGUUUGUCCGCAAAAACUUGGGACCACUUCUUCAGAAGUCUGGCUAUACUCCCGACAAACUAAAACUCAUGAUAUUUGACGACAACGUGUUUCACAACACCAGUGACCACCACACUCUGCAACAGUUCGCGGAUACCAUAUUAGGGGACAAGGAGGCCGAGCAGUACGUGUCCGGCAUUGCCUAUCAUUGGUACGAGAGCUCAAGGACUAGUGAAUACCCGGACACCGUGUUGGAUGAGGUGCACACCAAACACCCCAACCAUUUCUUGCUCAUGACUGAGGCCUGUCAUCUGGAAGGGCUGGGCAAUGGGCGCUGGGAUUUUGGGGAACAUUACGCGCACGAUAUCAUAAGAGAUUUGAAUCACUGGACCACCGGUUGGGUGGAUUGGAAUAUGGCGUUGGGUUUGAACGGCUGUCCCCGUUGUGGACCCAAUCAGUUCGGAACGCCUAUAGUGGUGGACAUCGAGAAGGGGGAGGCCUACAAACAGCCCACUUUCUACACGAUCGGACACUUCAGUAAGUUUUUGUCACCUGAUUCCGUACGCAUUGGCCAUCAGUUGGAGAAAGCGUUGAAUAAUGUGUUUGUGUUGACAAUGAAACGGACGGACAAUGCGAUAGUCGUUGUGGUCCUCAACCAAAAUGAAAGUGAAGUUAAUUUGCAAAUCAAUGAAUCAAAUACUCAUUUGACUCAUACUAUACCGGCGCGAUCUAUACAGACAUACAUUUGGCAAUAA